GAAGGUAAAAGACAUUUCACACCUUGCAUUAGUUCUUUAUUUUUGCAAAAACGAUGUCUUGCUACACCAAGUGAAGCUACGAUGACUGUAAGAGAUGCCUUAAAUAUCGCGCUUGAAGAGGAAUUUAUUCGUGAUGAGCGUGUCUUCUUAAUUGGCGAGGAAGUUGCCCAAUAUAAUGGUGCAUAUAAGGUAUCAAAAGGCUUACUUGAUAAAUUUGGCCCGAAAAGAGUGGUCGAUACACCAAUCACUGAAGCUGGUUUUGCUGGAUUAGCUGUCGGUGCGGCAUUAUCUGGAUUGAGACCAAUUUGCGAAUUUAUGACAUUUAAUUUUUCUAUGCAAGCAAUUGAUCAUGUAAUUAAUUCUGCAGCAAAAAUAUUAUACAUGUCCGGUGGAAUCGUUCAAUGUCCUAUAGUAUUUCGUGGACCAAAUGGUUCGGCUGCAGGCGUUGCUGCUCAACAUUCACAAGAUUAUUCAGCAUGGUAUGGCGCUAUUCCUGGAUUAAAGGUGGUUUCCCCAUGGGAUAGUGAGGAUGCGAAGGGUUUAUUAAAGGCUGCAGUGAGAGAUCCCAAUCCUGUAGUUGUGUUGGAAAAUGAACUUCAAUACGGAAUUUCAUUUCCAGUAUCUCAAGAAGUGAUGUCACCAGAUUUUGUUCUGCCGAUCGGAAAAGCAAAAAUAGUGCGUGAAGGCAAAGAUGUAACGAUCGUAGCACAUUCAAGGCCAGUAAGCUUUUGUUUAGAGGCUGCUGAUAUAUUAUAUAAAGAAGAAGGAAUUUCUGCUGAGGUCAUAAAUUUGCGCUCAAUUAGACCACUUGACAUCAAUACUAUUGUUAAUUCAUUGAAAAAAACUAAUCAUUUGGUGACGGUCGAAUCAGGUUUUCCCCAAUUUGGUGUUGGUAGUGAAAUUUGUGCUAUGGUGAUGGAAACAGAAGGAUUUGAUUAUCUGGAUGCUCCAGUAGAAAGGGUGACUUGUGCUGAUGUUCCAACUCCAUAUGCGGCAAAUUUAGAAGAUAUCACUUUCCCAGAUACAAAUGUAAUCGUUAAAGUCGUAAGACGUGCUUUGUAUAAAAAAAAUUAA